AUGGCGACCUCAUCAGCACAGUCCGCCGGCGCAGCCCGGCUACUGCAGAACCAGCUCCGCGAGAUCCAAAAGGCCGACGACCUGCCCGGCAUCUCGGUCGGGCUUGUGAGUGACAGCAACAUCUUUGAGUGGGAGGUGGUCCUCAUGAUCAACGACGAGACAAAGUACUACGGCGGAGCUUACUUCCGCGCCCGUCUCUCUUUCCCGCCCGAAUACCCCAUCCUGCCGCCCAAGAUGCGGUUCCUCAACCCGGUGCCCUUCCAUCCCAACAUCUACCAGGGCGGCUCGCGCGACGGAGAACUGUGUAUCUCGAUUUUGCACCCCCCGGGCGAGGACAAAUGGGGCUACGAGUCGGCUGCGGAGCGCUGGAACCCGAUGCAGGGCCCCGCUUCGAUCCUCAUGAGCGUCAUCAGCCUAUUCAGCGAGCCGAAUGACGAGAGCCCAGCAAACUUAGAGGCUGCGAAGUUGUUGAGAAUCGAGAGGGAAGGCGGACCGAAGGACUUCAGGAAGAUGGUGAGGAAGUGUGUGCGGGAGAGCUUGGGCGAAGAUUGA